GUUUUCGUUUUCGCGAGAGAGAGGGUUUCAGAGUUUUGGACGAGCCCGAUUCCCCCCCUUCUCAUGAAAAUCAUCGAAUACCAGUUUUAAUGUGCUAACAGGUUUUCGCUUUGUUCUGAAUUCUGUUUAGGAACAAAACUAAUCGGGUAUAUAGGAUAAAAGAGGAUGCUUUAUCCUUGGUGACUUUUAUUGACGCCUGGGAACAGAAUACUUGUACAGAAUGGCCACUAAUAGCAGAAUUCGAACCUGCUUGUUAUCUUCCCUGGCAUGGUCUCUUUGAAGUGCACAAAAGAAAUAAGGGUGUUGUAAACUGUUGUACCAUUUAAACUUUUGGAGUCAAAUCCGUGGUUAAGGAUUGAUAUUGUAGAUAACAAUGGAAGCAAAGAACGCAAAGGAGUUGGAUAAUGGGCGUAAAAUUAUAGUUGAUCUCAAGAGAAAGUGGGCAUCCCGGUGUGCAGCAGCACACUUUACUGGAGCUGCUCAAGUGAGAACCUUUGGAUCGCCAUCUAACAAGCUUGCCAAGCGGGCAGGAUUAAAUGGAGGCAAAAGCAAGAACCAAUGCAGGUCUUUCAAGAAAUCUUUACUGAGGAACUACUCGAAUUUUAUGAAGAGUAAAUCACCAAAACGCAUAAUGUUUUAUCAGAAUGAUGAGUGGAUUGAUUUUUCAAAUGAGUUUCUUGGGUUGGUUAGGGCAGAUUUCCAGGUAAAGAAAGUUGCUAUUGAAGUAGAGUUCAAUGGCCGUCAUUCACUUUUGGAUUUUUGUCACAUGAUUGAGGUUGAUCUCAGAACAGGCGCUCGAAGGCCAAUUGCAUGGAUUGAUGAAGUAGGGGGCUGUUUCUUUCCUGAACGUUUUUCUGAGGAUGAGGAGUUAUAUGAAUGUUUUAAACCUGAUUUGGGGAAUGAUCAAAUACUUCUGUAUCUGGAGCCCAAUGGUACCCGUGAAAUCAAGUUGCAAUUGGAAAUAGAAAUAAAUGGGGCUGAAAGUUCAAGUCUAGAUGAAGUCAGUGAAGAAUCAAAUACUUGUGUGAAGCGGCGUAAAAUUGAGAUAUCUGCUUUCAAGCAUUUUGAGCUGGAACAACACGGUAGUAAUGCAAAAUCAGAUGAAAAAGUUGAGUGUAUUGGAGAAAAUCAACAAACAAAUGAAACUUUUCUUUCUCAACAUCAUAUAUGUGAAUCCGUGGGUGAAAAGCUGACACAUGAUGCUGUGCAGCACAUGUUUCUUACAGGUAGGAUUUGUUCAUUAGUUGGGGCCAAUGACAUAGUUGAUAUUUAUCGUGGCUCAAGUAAUUUGUCAGAAGCUCGGUUUGAGCUUUUCCUAAAGCAAGUGGAAAUAACGAAAAGGUAUCGAAGUGAUACAAAUGUUCGAUAUGCUUGGCUUGGCUGCUCUAGAGAAGUGGUAUCUAAGAUCUUGGUGCAUGGAAUUGGGAUCAAUGGACUGCCUAAGCCUAAUCCUUCAUAUGGAGUUGGUGUUCAUCUCACACCAUCAAACUGUUCCCAUAUCAGUGCAAAUUAUUGUGAUGUUGACGAAAAUGGAAUACGGCAUAUGGUGUUGUGUCGUGUUAUUAUGGGAAACAUGGAACUAAUUCAUCCCGGAUCUGAGCAAUUCUAUCCUAGUAGUGAAAACUUCGAUAGUGGUAUAGAUGAUUUCCAGAAUCCAAGUUAUUAUGUUGUGUGGAACAUGAAUGUGAACACCCACAUUUAUCCGGAAUGUGUUAUAAGUUUCAGGGUGCCUCCUAGUGCAAAAGGGCAUGCAUUUGGAAAUGAAAGCAAGUUUGAUGUGUCUGGUAUAACGAAUUCUACUUGUCAAGUUCAACCACAACUGGAUUCCUCUCCUAUUGAUUCUGUUGGGCCAUGUAAUAUGCUUCCAGAUUUGGUGAAUCAAUCUCAUGGGAAAGCGUCUGCGCUUGGUCCAUGUGUUGCAAAGACUCCUCGAUCACCAUGGAUGCCUUUCCCUUUGUUGUUUGAGGCUAUUUCCAGUAAAGUGCCUCCUAAAGAUAUGGCAUUAGUUAACAAGCAUUAUGAUCAAUUCAGGCAAAAGAAGAUUAGUCGGGAUGAUUUUGUUAAAAAGUUGAGAUUGAUAGUUGGGGACACACUGCUGAGGUCUACGAUAACAAGUCUUCAGUGCAAGCUAGCUUCCAAACCUGUAUCAGAAUCUGCUGACCACGGGCAGGGAAUUAUCAAACCUUAAAUGUGCAGUAUACAUUUCUACAUCUAAUUUGUGGCAGUAGGCUAUUUGCACAGGGGUUGGUACAUGUAAAAAGAGUUCUGCUGCUACUUUUGUAUGCUACAUAGGGAAUGUGUCGACAUGAAAGUUCUAAAUAACAUCGUGAAAUCUAGUUUUUCGAUAAGUUCAAGAUUUAGGUCAAUGGAGUUGUUACUUGUUUCACAUACUUUUUUGUUGAUGAUAGUAUUUUGCUUGGCAGGUUCUGUUUUGCUUCUUAUAUGGUAUUAUCUCCUUUUUUGCCUUUUUCUCCUCUCCCUCCUUUUUUUUUUUCCUUUGGUGUGGGGACAGGUAAGAAUAACAGAAAAACACUGAUAUUUGGUUGAGAUCUUUUGUUUUUGGAGCAGAGGGCUAAUAUCCCUGGUGAUGUACUUAUUUUCUUUUUCCAUGUAAAUCCUAGUACUAUCCCUGUUAUGAUUCUACUUCAUUUAUCCUGAUUUUAAAGAAACAAGUGACUACCAGACUAGGUGCAUUUGCACUA